CAACCGGAACAUCCACAAAUCACAGUCGCCCAGACGGGAAAAUAAGGAGGACGGAUAAUUAUUGAAGGUUAAUUACAAGUUCGAAUUAGGUGGUGCUUAACCGUCGAGCGGUUUUAUCACCAACAUGGACAAGGCAAACAAAGUCCCGAACGGGGAGACCCGGAAGGACUACAAGCUGGUCACCUUCACGGAGGGCGACCCGGAGAACCCCAAGAACUGGUCCAAGCUAUUCAAGUGGUACAUCACCAUGGUGGUUGCCGUCACAUGUUUCGUCGUCGCCUUCUGCUCCAGCGUCAUCACCGCCGACAUCUCCGGCGUCUCGGAGUCGUUCAAUGUCAGCCACGAGGCUGCCCUUGUUACCAUCACCGUGUUUGUCGUCGGUUUCGGCGUUGGUGAGUCGUCUUCCUUUGCUUGCGCCUGUUUUGAAUGGGGUAACGUUUUUUGCAGGCGAGCUAAUAAUUAAUUACGUUCUUUCAAGGGCCUAUGAUUUUUGCCCCUCUUUCCGAGGUCUACGGGAGACGCAUCAUCUAUGGCUCUACCCUCUUGGUCGCCGUCGUCUUCAUCAUCCCCUGCGCAGUCGCCAAGAACAUCGGCACCCUAAUUGUCUGCAGAGCGAUCGACGGCAUCGCUUUCUCCGCACCCAUGACUCUCGUCGGCGGUACCCUUGCCGAUCUCUGGCGUAACGAGGAGCGUGGCGUUCCCAUGGCUGCCUUCUCUGCUGCUCCUUUCAUCGGCCCUGCGAUUGGCCCCCUCAUUGGCGGUUUCCUGUCCGACGCGGCUGGCUGGCGCUGGCUGUACUGGAUUCAGCUCAUCUUCGCCUUCGUCGUCUGGUUCCUCAUCACCUUCACCGUUCCCGAGACGUACGCGCCCACGAUCCUUGCGCGACGCGCGGCGAAGCUGAGGAAGCAAACCGGCGACCAGGGCCACGUUACCGAGGCCGAACUCGACCCCCGCCCGUUCUCCCAGCGGCUCGGCGUCUUCCUCAUCCGCCCCUUCCAGCUGCUCUUCCGCGAGCUCAUCGUCUUCCUCAUCAGCCUGUACAUGUCCGUGCUCUACGGUCUCCUCUACAUGUUCUUCGUCGCCUACCCCAUCAUCUUCGAGGCCCGCAAGGGCUACAGCGCGGGCACCACCGGUCUCAUGUUCAUUCCCGUCGCCGUCGGCGUCAUCCUCUCGGCCGCCUGCGCCCCGAUGAUCAACAAGCACUACCUCAAGCUCGUCGUCAAGCACAACGGCCGGCCCCCCGCCGAGGUCCGCCUCAUCCCCAUGAUGGUCAGCUGCUGGUUCAUCCCGAUCGGCCUCUUCAUCUUCGCCUGGACGUCCUACCCGCACCUGAUCUGGGUCGGCCCCUGCCUCGCGGGCCUGCCCGUCGGGUUCGGCUUCAUCUUCCUGUACAACGCGGCCAACAACUACCUGGUCGACUCGUACCAGCACCAGGCCGCCUCCGCCCUGGCCGCCAAGACGUUCCUCCGUUCCUUCUGGGGCGCCGGCGUCGUCCUCUUCACCGAGCAGAUGUACGACCGCAUGGGCGACCAGUGGGCGUCCAGCUUCCUGGCCUUCCUGAGUCUCGCCUGCUGCGCCAUCCCCUUCUUGUUCUGGCGCUACGGCGCCAGGAUCCGCGCGCGGAGCAAGUACGCCUUCGGUGGCGAGGAGGAGAAGGAGGAGCAGGAGCUCGAGAAGGGGCGGGACGCGCGGCCCGUCGACGCGAACGCGCCGCUGCACGAGGACCUGGAGGAUCUGGAGCGGGCGCGCAGUUACGUGGCCAACCCUUGAUGGGAUUGCUCGAAGAAGGGAAGAGAGAAAGACGAGUUGUUUGCGGUAUUGUUGUCGCUGCGUGCCCCUCUCCCCCAUCUGCAAGCCUGGGUUUAGAGUCGAG